CGAAGUACAGCAUCAAUCAUCUCAGCUCCAGCUCAAGAAUCAAAUUCAAGGCUUUUUCAAAACUCAGGAUUGUAGAUUGUACCAGUUCUUCCAGUGCUCGUGAGGAUUUCGAGGAGGAUAAGAAGAUUUUGAAAGAUGUCGUCUACUCAAUCACCCGUCGCCCACAAGCCCACUAUCAUGGAGCAAGUGAAGGAGAAGGUUUCAGUUGUGAAGGAUAAGCUCACGGGACACGAGCAUCAUCCAGCUGCAGGUGCAGUCGACACUCACACCACUUCACCGACCACCACAGCUCAUUCGCCCAAGUCUCCGAAGUCUCCGAAGCAGGGCGAGAGCAUGUUGCAGAAGAUCAAGGACAAGCUGCCAGGAAGUCACGCUCACUCUUCUACGACAACGACGACGCCCGUCUCCACGCCAGCCACCGGUGAUCAUCUACACCAUGAGACCGUCGGGGAGAAGGCCGGAAACGCCUUCAAGCCCGGACACUCUGAUGGUCUCACUCACGGUGUCACAGAACACGACACUCUGAAGUAGAGAGAAUUUUAUCGUACUUGGUAUGUAAUUUGUUCAUAUUAUCGUACAUCAGCUGCGGAGAUUCUGUGGCUUGCGGAAGGGAACGCUCGUGGAUUUUGUGCUCCAGGUUUACGGAUUCUGCUUGAGAGAAGCCCAGAGCGUCAAAUUGAACCAAUCUUGAGUCUGCAUCGCCACUUACAUAAUCCCAGCAGCUGAAUAUUUCGUGUUAUCAUUGUACAACUGUUUGAGGAGAAGGUAAGCUUCUUGGGAGAUGAUACUCGCAAGGAGCAAAUUUGUUGUAAUGGCAUUCAACACAUUUAUUGUGAUGGAUGGCUCAUCAUUUCCCAUGCCACUGUUGGUUACUCCUGUGACAACUGGUUUUGGGCAACAAAAGACAUUAUUUGUAUAGAAAGGAUUUGAAAUUUCCGUCCACAUUUAUAAAGAGAUCUGAAAAUUUAUAGCAUA